GACAGAGAACUCGUGUCCCAUUAUGACAUCACAAUAACAGCCACUGACUGUGGUCAGCCUCCUCUGUCCACAUUCAAAACUCUGAGCGUCCAGAUAUCAGAUGUGAACGAUAACAGCCCAGAAUUCUCCCAAAACCCUAUUGAGCUCUACUUAGUGGAAAAUAACGGCCCUGGUGCAUCCAUAUUCUCUGUAAACGCCACUGAUAAAGACUUGAACGAAAAUGCUGCUAUUUCAUAUCACAUUGUUAGAGGCGAAGGGGCACAAAAUGAUAUGACAUCUUUCUUGAAUAUAAAUUCUGAUGAUGGUAACAUUUACGCGCUAAAAAGCUUUGACUUUGAAACCAUCAAAACGUUCCAAUUCCAAAUUGUAGCUACAGACUCUGGAAUUCCGUCACUAAGCAGCAACGUCACAAUAAACGUGUUCAUUGUGGAUCAGAACGACAACGCUCCAGUGAUCCUGUAUCCAGUCAGCGCUAACGGUUCCGCUGAAGGUGUGGAGGAGAUUCCCCGCAAUGUGAACGCAGGCCAUUUGGUGACUAAAGACAGAUAAGGACACUUCGGUCAUUCACAGAGACAGACGAGGCUGAGCAUAAACUGGUCAUACUGGUAAAAGACAAUGGGAACGUUUCACUCUCAGCAACAGCUACUGUGAUUAUCAACGUUGUGGAGCCCAAAGAGGCUUUUGCAGCUUCUGAUGUUAAAAGCGCAGUAAAAGACGAGGAGGAGAACAGCGUUACAUUUUAUUUGAUCAUCACUUUGGGGUCAGUUUCAGCACUUUUUAUCAUCAGUAUCAUCGUGUUGAUUGUAAUGCAGUGCUCCAAAGCCCCAGACGAUUCCUCCAAGUAUUUACAAGAUGUGAAUUACGAUGGGACACUGUGCCACAGCAUCCAGUACAGAUCCGGAGACAAACGGUACAUGUUAGUUGGACCCAGAAUGAGUAUAGGUUCUACUAUAGUCCCGGGAAGCAAUGGGAAUACUCUAGUGGUACCUGACCACAGGAGGAGUGCUUCUGGAGAGGUAAGAACUGUCUUUAUCCGUUACUGCCUAUUAAGUCAGAGAAAGAGACAUGUUUUGAGUGAAUGUGUGUGCGAGCAUGUUGUCGUCUGUGCGUAAUGUCCAAACGCAAACUCGCUGUAGGGGGCGCUGUCCAUGGUGCUGAAUUCCAAGCUCACUUCUUAGGUUAGCUGGCGAGUGCAUGCUAGGCUAGGCUACUGCCUGAGGUGUAUUAUCUGUUAUUUCACUGUGCACACCUUCAAUUUAGUAUGUUUCUCUUCCUCUCCUAUCUAGCACCGCUUUAUCUUUACUCGUUAUUUUAUUUGUAUUUUUACUGAUAUCGGCGUAUUUACUGGAUUCGAUACAGACGACACACACGGAAACUCAUCGUAGCCUGUUGGGUGGACAAGAAUCCCGGACCACAUGGUGUCAGUGUAACAUAAGGAGACUGUUUGGUACUUUGUAGAUUAGACCCUACCCCUCUCUGGGCUGUUUUGUUUCACACACUGAGAGACCGGUGUGGACACCCGAACAAGACGUGUAUACGAUAGUCAGAUAAUAGGUGUAUUAUUUUCCGGUGCUGAAGCAUUUGAUUCAGUAUGGAUCAUUACGAGUUGGCCAUCUGAUCAGUAGGAUUGUAUUUUUUCAUUGAGGACAGUGUUUUUGUCCCGCUGUUUAACGAUGGGAGACGGAGGACAAAGGCGCAGAUGGGAGUACUGGUGGGUUGCUCUGCGUUUCUCUUUGCUGCUGUGCUUCGUGGAGCAGGUUUCGGCUCAGAUAAGGUACUCUAUUCCAGAGGAGGUGAAAGAGGGAUCCGUUGUUGGAAAUGUUGCUAAGGAUUUGGGUCUUGCCGUCAGUACUUUGGUGGAGAGGCGGUUUCGUAUCGUUUCUGGAUCUAAUGACGCUCUUUUCCAGAUAAAUCAGAACAAUGGCGUCUUGUAUGUUCAUAAGAAUAUCGACAGAGAGGAGCUCUGUGAUGGCAAUAGUGCGUGCUUGAUAAACCUGAAAAUCGUUGUUGAGAAUCCUUUAGAAAUCCAUUAUGUAGGGAUAGAGAUAAGUGAUAUGAACGACCAUUCACCCAGUUUCCCAGAGAAAGAACAGCAUUUGGAAAUAGCAGAAUCUACUCUGCCAGGCACAGGUUUCCAGUUACAGGCAGCACGCGAUCCAGAUUCCGGAAUGAAUUCUGUUCGUUUAUAUAAAUUAAGCCAUACUGAAUAUUUUGAUCUGGAGCUGCGGGACACAGGAGAAGAAGGAAAAAUCCCUGUUUUGAAAUUACAUAAACCUCUCGAUAGGGAACGUGAAAGCAAACAUAUUUUAGUUUUAACGGCCAUCGAUGGCGGUAGCCCGCCAAGAUCAGGGCAUGUCAACAUUUCAGUCACUGUUCUUGAUAAUAAUGACAACAGACCUAUUUUCAGCCAGGAUGUGUAUUCUGUGACAAUACAGGAAAACGGUGCAGUUGGAACAAUUGUUGCUAAAGUUAAUGCUACCGAUUUGGAUGACGGUGUGUAUUCUGAAAUUAUAUAUUCAUUCGUGAAAAACCUCAAAAGAAAAGUAUAUGAUACUUUUAGCUUAGAUUCCAAUACCGGUGAAAUAUCAGUGAAGGGUAAAAUCGACUUUGAGGACACUGAAGUUUACAGAGCUGAUGUCAUGGCAUCAGAUAAAGGACAGCCCCCUAUGAGGACAGAAUGUAGGGUUAUCAUAAAAAUACUUGAUGUUAAUGAUAACAAACCCGAGAUAGAGGUAACAUCUCUUUCCAAUAUGGUCUCUGAAGAUUCCAAACCAGAGACUGUUAUUUCUCUCAUCAGUGUAACUGACAAAGACUCCGGCAUUAACGGUAAAGUAAUUUGCAGUCUGUCAGAAGAUGUACCUUUUGAAUUGAAACCUUCAUUUCAAGAUAACAUGUACUCUUUAGUUACGAAACAGCGUUUAGACAGAGAACUCGUGUCCCAUUAUGACAUCACAAUAACAGCCACUGACUGUGGUCAGCCUCCUCUGUCCACAUUCAAAACUCUGAGCGUCCAGAUAUCAGAUGUGAAUGAUAACAGUCCAGAAUUCUCCCAAAACCCCCUUGAGCUGUACUUAGUGGAAAAUAACGGCCCUGGUGCGUCAAUAUUUUAUGUAAGCGCCACAGAUAAAGACUUGAAUGAAAAUGCUGCGAUUUCAUAUCACAUUGUUAGAGGAGAAGGGAUACAGAACGAUAUGGCAUCUUUCUUGAAUAUCAAUUCUGAUAAUGGACAUAUUUCCGCUCUAAAAAGCUUUGACUUUGAAACCCUCAAAACGUUCCAAUUCCAAGUUGUAGCUACAGACUCUGGAAUUCCGUCACUAAGCAGCAACGUCACAAUAAACGUGUUCAUUGUGGAUCAGAACGACAACGCUCCAGUGAUCCUGUAUCCAGUCAGCGCUAACGGUUCCGCUGAAGGUGUGGAGGAGAUUCCCCGCAAUGUGAACGCAGGCCAUUUGGUGACUAAAGACAGAUAAGGACACUUCGGUCAUUCACAGAGACAGACGAGGCUGAGCAUAAACUGGUCAUACUGGUAAAAGACAAUGGGAACGUU